CCAGCCAAACAAACAGUACCACAGAGUGCGCACUUCCUGGUAGCUGGUCGUUCAUCGGUUCUGUUGUUGUGAGCUUGGUAAAUGAAGGGACUACGAUGAAACUGCCAUUUUUAUGGGAAUACUAAUAGCAAUCGCUGCUGGCAAUAUUGGGGUGGUGGUAAACACACCGGGAACGGUGUCUUGACGUCUCCAAACACUGCAUGAGGCUGUCGGUGGAAUGUCGCUGAGCUCAGGCGGGUGGACUACUCACACCCCUCCGCCGGACCCGUCCUCAUCUAUCGCUGGCUAUGGGGCCUCACAAACUGGCUGCCAUACCGUCUUGAUGUCGGUACGGGUAUCAGUUUGCCAUUCUGGUAUUCGGCCGCUGUGUCUUCCAGGGGCAGGUGAUGAGUCACUCCGUCUACAGCUCAGUAUGGACCCCGGGAAGUCCGGGGAAUUCCGUGUCACGCUACGGGACACCAGCGGAACAACGGGUCGGAGUGUGUCCAUUGCAGAGUUUGACCUGAGGUCGGUGCACUAUGAGGUGAAAUCACCAAAAUGCCAUGAGCUGAGUUUGGCCACGCCCCCUCACGACCGCAUCAGCUUCAACUUCCGCUGCGAGCAGGAGGCUCAGGAGUGGGCCACAGUGGUGAUGUCAUCACUCCGAGAGGCACACAGGGUGUCCGACAGCCCUCCCACCGAUGACCGACAACUUCCUCUAGAGGCCUUUGAGACACCUAGCUCCACUUCCUUACCACGCACAGAGGAGAUGUGUGCUGAGCUGACCAGGGCCAUCCAGGCUGGUGACAUCCAGGCGGCCUCCAUCUACGCUGCCACCCUGGCUCGUCAGCAGGCAGCGCUGAAGAUCCAGCCCUCUGAGAGGAGCUACGGCGACACAGAGCUUAGCUUGGCUGUAGUGGUCGAAGAUUCUUCGUCUUCCUGUUGUGUCACAGUGAAAGUCCUCCCCCACGCGACCAUCGCAAUACUCAAGCAGCAGGUAUUCCUGGAGUAUGGCUUCCAUCCGCGGGUGCAGCGCUGGGUGAUUGGCCAGUGUCUGUGCGCCGACCAGCGCUCUCUAGCGUCCUACGGGGUGCGUAGGGACGGAGACACAGCCUUCCUGUACCUCCUCUCUGCCCGCCACGCCCGCCUCACACGGCAGCUGCUCCAGCAGGACCAGGAAAGAGCCCUCCUCACCCCCGCUACCCCUCCUCCUGAGACCCCAAGCAACGGCCCCACAUCCCAGGAAUGGAGGGGUUACAGCACCCUGCCCCCCAGACUGAGCCACAGCAGCAUGGGUUCAAAUGGAGCGCGGCCAAAUGGAGCCGGGGCAGAGAGGCUGAACAUCAGUGAAAUCAAAGACCUCAUCAACCUGGAGAUGCCACAACUCAACAAAGCACUUACCCCUAUGAAAUCAGGCCCUCAGGGUUGGGCCUGCCCCUCUUGCACGUACAUAAACAAGCCCACGCGGCCAGGGUGUGAGAUCUGCAGUACAGACCGUCCAGAGAGCUAUACUGUUCCUGGGAGCUACAAACCAGACCCUCUGGAGCUCCGCCGCAUACAGCAGGAGAAAGAAGCUGUCCGACAGUACCAGCAGGCGAGGGAGACAGAGCGGAGGGAGAACUUUGCCCGGCUGGUGAUGUUGGAUGGAAAGGACCUGGUGCCCAACCCAGAUGCUGUGGAAUGUAGGAUCUGUUACCUGGACCUGCAGCCUGGGGAGGGAGUCCUGCUCAGAGAGUGUCUCCACUGUUUCUGCAGAGAUUGCCUGCGCUCAGUAGUCCUGAUGUGUGAAGACCCGGAGGUGGCCUGUCCGUACCGUGAUGACACAUACGCCUGUGACUGCACCCUGCAGGGGAGAGAGAUCAGAGCUUUGGUGUCGGAAGAGGAGUAUGAGCGCUGGCUGCAGAGAGGCUUGUCUGUGGCAGAGUCUCGCUGUGAGGGCAGUUACCACUGUGCCAGCCCAGACUGUGCCGGAUGGUGUGUGUACGAGGACACAGUCAACGUGUUCGACUGCCCCGUCUGCAACAAGCACAACUGCCUGCUCUGCAAGGCAAUCCAUGAAGGGAUGGACUGUAAGCAGUACCAGGAUGACCUGACGGCCCGUGCUGAGAACGACUCGGCAGCCCGCAGAACUAGAGAUCUACUCAAGACCCUGGUCCUCUCCGGGGAGGCCAUGCACUGCCCUCAGUGCGGCAUCAUCGUGCAGAAAAAGGAGGGCUGUGAUUGGCUGCGUUGCACUGUCUGUCACAGUGAGAUCUGCUGGGUCACCAGAGGGCCUCGCUGGGGGCCAGGGGGUCCAGGAGACACCAGCGGUGGCUGCCGCUGCAACAUCAACAACCAAAAAUGUCACCCAAAGUGUCAGAACUGCCACUGAGAAAGACAAUGAGGGAUGUGUGUGUUGAGAGAGUGAGUGAGUGAGAUAGGACAAAUUAGUGUGUGUCACUCAAAGGAUUGAUGAUUGCACUACACAUUUAGCUAUGCACGUUUCCUGUUGGUUUCUGUUCUCCCUUUAGGCUGCGUUUAGACAGUCAGCCCAAUUCUGAUUUUUUUUUCACUAAUUUGUCUUUUGACCAAUCAGAUCAGCUCUG